UCCCGUUUUAUAACUGAGGUUUCCUCUUUCCUCACAUCAUCCUCGCAUCUUUCGCGAGCUUCUUACGAGGCCCGAGCUAAAACGCGAUGAAGAAACGCAAGUGAAGGAAACAAGGAGGCGAAUUAAGUAUUGGGAUGAACCCCGGCACAAAUACUUUGACCUUUUCCCACAAUCCACCGGGGGCGACUGAAGGCGCAUUUUGCAGCCCAUGCAUGUCAACAAGGAGGAAAGGAAGAGGCUCGGCUUCAAUUAAAAACUGAUGCAUGAAUAUAAUAUCACGCUGGUUUUUGUGUGACAAUACGUGUGUCUUUCAUUCCUCUGCUUAACGUCCUUGAACAUUUAUUAACACCGAGAUGGCUCCGUUCAGUUUAAUGACAUCGAGUGUUAGCUGGUUGGCUAAGUCCUUCAGUGUUUUCUCCUGCACAAACACUCUUGCAAGGUGUACCAGUGUCCUCCCAACUGCAUACGUCAACCCAGUGAAAUGUCUGACCUCUCAGGCCAGCGGGCCUCCAAAGAGACCUCUGAACGGAUACCUGAGAUAUGUUUUGCAACAGCAGCCAGCCAUGUACAGACGCAUCCCAGAAAUCAAAACGGUGGAUAUCAUCAGGAAGAUCGCCCAGCAGUGGAGAAUGUUGAGUCCAGAACAGAAACAGCCUUUUCAGGAAGCCUCUCUGCGGGCCAGGGAGCAGUUUAAGGUGGACUUCCAGCGCUACCAGGCUCUGCUGACCCCAGCACAGCUCCAGCAACAAGCCCUUGAGAAGAGGCAGAGGAUGGCCAAGAGGAAGGCCAUCUGCAAAAAGAGGGAGUUGACAGAGCUGGGGAAGCCCAAGCGUAAUCGUUCUCCGUUCAACAUUUAUGUAUCAGAGCACUUUCAGGAGGCCAGAGGAACUACUACACCGGCAAAGAUGAAGUCACUGGUGGAAGACUGGAGGAAUCGGUUGAGUCAUCAGAAAAAGGUCUAUACACAGCUGGCAGAGGACGACAAAAUUCGCUAUAAGAAUGAGAUGACGUCGUGGGAGGACCACAUGAUGGAGAUUGGACGAGAAGACCUGAUCCGAGAGCAGACCCUGUCUAACAAGAAAAAAGUUUCUGCUAAAACUUCAGAGGUCAAGAAAGAAACAAAGAAGGCUAAAGCUAAAGUAGUGAAGAAUACCACUCCCACAGUAAAGUAAAAAACAACCCGGAAGUCAACAAAAAGUAGCUCUGCGAAAACUGUCAGAACUACUAAGAAGACAUAACAUGUGUUUUUCUACUGAGUGGAAGAACAGAGUGUUCAUGACUACUGAAGACAGACCCAGGACUCUGCUCUGAUUGUUUUUCACUCUAACUGAAAAGUUCCCAGUUGUCAUGAAUGCUUCUUAGUUCAACAGGGGAAACGCUUUUACAGCAUUCAGACAGAUCAAGAUCAUUUCACAAUAACCCACUAUGACCUGUGUUCAAUGACAACCAAAACACAUAAACCCUGAAAGCAGAUGUGACUCAAACAUUACAUUGCAUUUCAUUUAGAUGACGCUAUUGUCCAAAUACACACAAUGGCCUUUAUUGGUUGGUUGAAUCCCCCCGAAAGAUGAGUGUGAUUGUUCCAGGCUAAGAAAGUGAAUUACUUGGUGAAAUAUAUAAGGAUUUCAGAAGCUUAGAUGUGUGAGUAAAGCGUUAAAGUGAGUGUAGGAGGCAUGGAUACGGUAGAUGAUUUUCUGUCUGCAAUGUGUAAAGGGUUUCAUAGCCUUGAGUGUAACCACAAUACACUUCCAGGGGAAUAUAAAGGUAACUGUUGCAGCCCCUAAAAAACCCACACUUUUUCUAUUUUCUGUAUUUCAUAAAGAGUUUAAAUGCAAAGGAUAAGUGGUGUUAUUCUGUAUUUGCCAACAAAUCCAUGAAAGGUCCAAAAUGAACAUUUGUUAAUCCGUCUCUAUAUACCUGCUCUAUCUGUGUCUCUCAGGCAUACAUAUUUAAAAGCACCUCAGACAUAAAGUUUCAUUAUAAAAAACAAGGCUCAGUAAGUUCCUAACACAGCUGGUCACUAGUUUUUAGCAAACAGGAGGAAAUAGUGAAUUUGUAGGAGACCAUUUUCACUGGCGGAUUAAUUCACAUGUCACCCACUCGUGGUUAUUUGUGGCAGUGGGAUUCAGUCAAAAUAAGUAAGCAAGUUUCUUCUUUUAGAGAAGUGCUAUUGGUUGCAAAUGUGCAGACACCACUUCCUCUGAAGGUUACCCAUGAAUGCAACCUGUCUGAAUUUUUUGUCGAUGUAGCACAACCUCAAACUGUGAAGUACUGCCAUUUGUCAUUUAUGGCAUACGUAUUGACUGACAUUUUAUUUUUUCCAAAUUAUACAUUGUUCCAGUUGAGUUUAAUAUGAGAUGCUUUUUAUUAACUGCUGUAAAAAAAAUUAAGCUUGUUGUGGUUCAUAAUAAAAUGAGCUUUCCCCCA